AUGUCCCGCCAGCUAAAUCAGUUAAUCCUGAAUGUAUUGAAGUCGCAUACGCCCAUGCGUGAUUUAAGGUCGCAAUUGGACACGUUUGGGCGGCGGGAGCUGAGUCGAGCCUCGAAGCUGCGGCUUGCACGCAUUCCCAGUGAGACCAAUGCAUUUGCCGUAACACCGCCCAAAGUACUGCCAAAAGUCUCCGAUGUGAUGGAGACAGAUCCAAAGUGUCGUAAGGUGACGCGCCUGGUCGAAGAUCCUACGAGUGUAGCAGACCGUAUUUCCGAGUCACAAACGGUUGACUCCCUCUCCGAGGCGCAUACGGCGCUGGUAAAAGUUCAAGGACCCUUUUCCGAUCGCCAGCUGCGCUCUAUUGCCGAAGGUCUUGCGUACUUAAAACAGCUUGGCCUUUCCAGCGUGGUCGUACUGGAUCACGAUGGCUGGCAAAGUGUAUCCCAUUUCAACCGCGAAGGUGUGCGUAUUGACGAAGACACCAUGGAACUGCAUCCGUGGCUGGGAAAGCGGCUAGCACACCAGCGAGAUGCUUCUGUGCGACUUGGAUCCAUGGAGACGGGUCAACGCAACAAUAUGGUGAAACAGUUAUGGCGGGUCUCGGGCGUACUGAGCGCUGCAGGUAUGGACCCACGGCCCUACGCAAAUGCAAUCAUGCGCAUCGUCCCCGAAAAUGAGAUGCCAAAACCAAGCUUGGAUCUUACGUGUGGUGCAGACUCGCUCGCAAAGCGUACGCCGCUUGCCAGUGACGAUGCCAUGGACGGUGUAUACCGUUCCCUUGCGCUUGGCCAAACGCCUAUCGUGAUUCCCAUUGCAAUGUACGACGAUCCAGGUGCCGAUCAGAUAACGCAGAACACCAAUGUUGGUGCCGAAGCACUGCGCUAUGUGUGCGUUGAUGCAAACGACAUCAUGGUUGCACUUGCGCGUGAAAUGGCCCAUACAAAGCGCAUCUGUACAGCGUCAGCGCCUGUCGACGAGCACAAGCGCGGUAAAGUCGAAGAAACGCAAUCUAUAAAUCUUUCUCCGCUACGGCUCAUGGUGAUUAACCGCGAAGGCGGCUUGCCUUCGCAUGCACGCGGCGGUAAUCCGCACUUGAUGAUCAAUUUGCAAUCGGAAUUCAAUUCGAUCCGCUCUUCGUUUAUCUGGAGUAAGUCACAUCCAACGGCGUUAUCCAACAUGGAAAUGAUCCGCGACUGCCUCUCGUACAUGUCAAGCGCAUCCAGCGGCGUAAUGGUGACCCACCGCUCGCCCCGCAGCCUGAUUGCAAACUUGAUCACAAAUAAAGCGGCGCAUUCGCCGAGCCUACCGUAUCGGCUUUUGGCGAAUCGCUCCGAUCUGCGACAUACACCGACCAUUAUUCGCAAAGGUCUGCCUGUGCGUGUGAUUAGUGACGUGAAUCAAGUUGACCACGACAAGCUGCUGCUGCUACUCGAGGCGAGCUUUAAGCGCAAACUUAACCACGAAUUGUACUUUGCACGACUUAAAGAGCGCCUUGAUUUUGUCAUUGUCACCGGCGAUUACGACGGCCUCGCAAUUGUAACCAAAGAGUAUGCACCCGGAGACGACCCUGCUACUGAUGAGCCUAUCGCCUAUUUGGACAAGUUUGCCGUGCUUCCGAAACUGCGAGGCAGUGGUGCGGUCGACUUUUUGUGGUCCGCGCUGCGCGACGAAGUGCAUGGCUUAGGUUUGCUAGAUGCUUUGAAUAACAACGGUGGCAGAGGCGGCUACGGCGUCGGGCGUGACUUGGUCUGGAAAAGCCGCAUAGCAAAUCCCGUGAACCGCUGGUACUUUGAACGCAGCAAUGGGUUCAUUCGUCUUCCCCCCUGCUUUGGCAAAGGACCGAGCGAUCCCGUUGGUGACGCAUCAGAAUGGGUCAUGUUUUGGUGUGAUGCCGAACAGCGUCUCGCGCAUUUGGCUGGAGAAACGCUCAUGUCUCCCGGCGCUAUGGAAGAGCUACUAGAAUUAGCGAGCGCCUCACUUAACUUCCCUCCGCCGUCCAAAACUACGCUUCCGAUCGUUGCUCCAGAAGAAGAUGGCCGCUUAGAGCGUUGGACUGCUUGUCUCGCCAAAAUUCCUUCUGCAUGGGCAUAA